AAGAAAACAAGAAAUCCCAUGUUUCUGUUAUCGAUCGUGCAGAUUGUGAUAUACAUUUAAUAUUAAAGAAAAAAGCCAUAAUCAUUUUUGAAGUUAAUGCGCACGAGUCUAACCAGUUUAUCUGGAAUUUUAAAAAAAUUGCACUGCAUAAUUAUCGAGUUUUAUGUGGAUCAAGGAUUACUUACUUAAGCCACAUUCAUCUUGAUCCGUUUUACAUAAGUAAAACCGAUCCUUUACAAUUAUGUCACCGACAAAACGAAACUAAUCCAGAUACAAACACUGCGGGAGAAUAUGGAACUUUAUUAUCUAGAUGCGAUGCACCAUAUACUUUAAGCAAUGAAACAAUUUCAUAUUUACAAAAUACUUUUAAAAAUAUCGAUUUUAUUAUUUAUACUGGAGAUUUCGUUAGGCAUGAUCGAGAUAAAUCAAUUCCCAGAACUCAUGACCAC